AUGAAACUGACACUGCAUCUCUGUGUGUUAUGGCUGUUGCUGGUAUGGAGCGCAGGGGCCUCUGAAAGGAGACCCCUCAAAAGGACAAUCUUACAACGAACAUCCCUCCAGGGGGGGAUUUUUAACAGAACACAAAAUAUGUUGAACUCUGACAGUAUUGCUCCUUCCGCUAUAAGUGUGUCCCUUGUGGCGAGCCAUCAUGACAAAAUGCAGAGAGAUGAGAAAGCUGAGCUCCCAACAAGAAGAAAAGGACCGCCAAGCAGAAGAGUUAUGCCAAGCAGAAGAGUACCCCAACAACCAAAGAAACCCAUAAACCAGGUUGUCAGUGGCGCUGGCACAUCUCAAGGCAACAGUAAACCAGUGACAGGGGUGGUGGUUCAGACUCCGUCCAUACCAGCCCGCACUGUACCCGGCAGCGCAGGCUCCCUCAACGUCUUGGCCAGCUUCGCAGGGAAGAACCGGGUCCUCGUCAUCUCCGCCCCACAUGACUCAGACGGCUACUACCGCCUGAUGAUGACCCUCCUCAAGUCGGACGUCUACUGCCAGAUGGCGGAGCGGCACAUGCAGAUGAUAGUGAUGUUCCACCGGGAGGGAGAGCGGGGUGGUAAGGUGCGGCGGGUCAACGCCAAGGGACAGGUCACGGAGGAGCCCCUGGAUACGGUCCUCAUCCCCAGGCUGAUGAACUUCCUGAAGUUGGAGGAGGGGAAGUUUGGCAUGGUUCUCCUGAGGAAGACCCUCCAGGUGGAGGAGAGGUACCCGUACCCGGUCAGGCUGGAGGCUAUGUACGAGGUGAUGGACCAGACCCACAUGCGCAAGCUGGAGAAAGCCAGGCAGAGGGGCUUCGUGCAGAGGUGCAAGGCGGCCGGUGUUGAGGGCCAGGUGGUUGAGUCUCAGGGCCAGGGGGUAUUGACCACGGGGUCAGAGGUCAGAGUGAACUCUACGGUAGAGAGGGUGCCAGUGAGGAAAGGGGUGCAGAGACCAGCUCAAGGACCCAAGGCUGUGACAGUUACCACAACCCGACCAACCACCACAAAACCAACUACGACCACAAAGCCAACCACAACCACCACAACAACAAAGUCAACCACAACCAUCACAAGAAAAACAACCACAACAAAACCAACAACAACAACAAAACCAACAACUACCACCACAACAAAACCACCACCAACAACAAAAGCAACCACGACCACAACUACAACAAGGCCAACCACAACCACCACAAGAAAAACAACCACGACCACAACAAAACCAACAACUACUACAAUCACCACAAAAGCAACCACCACAACAAAACCAACAAGAACAACAAAACCAACAACUACAACCACAACAAAACCACCAGCAACAACAAAAGCAACCACGACCACCACCACUACAAAACCAACCACCACAACAAAACCAAAAACCACAACAACACGACGAACCACAACCACAACCACCACAAAACCCACAAUUCCGAAGCCCUUGGUCCCCCAGACAACACCACACUGGGACCUAGAGGUCCCCACCACAGACGAAUCCUCCUACACCCUCUCAGUGACCCACAAAAAUGGCAGAGAUGACGUUACAGAAUCCCACAGAGACCAAUAUGAAGAAGACACAACCGACGAUACCAAACAUGGCCGACAAGUUGUUACCUCUCCAUCUCAGCUCACUAACGACAACCCAACUGAAGGUGGGGAAGAACUGGGCAGUGAAUUUAAGGUUCUCCCUGAUGCACAGGUGGAAACAACUUCCCCCAAGAAGAGCAAGGUCAAGCAGCCUGUCAAUGCAGAGAGGAAGAAAAAGGCUGAUAAAUCAGGGGAAAAGAGUAAAGCAGACAAGAAGAGGUCGAAGGCUGCUAAAGACAGUGAUGGUGGCUUCUAUCGUGGCAGGAGACCAGGGAAGAAGGCCGCUAUUAACCAGGCGAAAGAGGCAGACAACGAGAGGCCCCCCACAAAACAGACAAACCCCUUAGUCUCCUUUUUUGGUUAUUUUGAGAAGAGACGACGUCUACUUGUGAGUAUUCUGUUGUAUUACAUAAAGGUAUUGAUUAAAUCUGAUAAGGAGCAUGCAUAUUGGUAGACUAGAACUGAAUAGAACAGAAUAGAACAGAAUAGACACAUGAUACAACAUUCACUUCUCUUUCCCUCCCAGGUGAUCACUACUCCAGACGAGGAGAAUCGUAUGUACACGCAGCAGAGAGAUGAGUAUCUGGAGCAUGUGUGUGAAUUGGGUGUCAGAAAAAUCUCUCUUAUCACCAUAUUUGGCUCUCUGACCAAUGGCACCAUGAAGAUGGACCAUUACCAGGCUGGUAAGUAAAGUCUUGAACUUUUUGUUGCUAAUUUUCUAUUCUAUUUUACUCUGAUGACAAGUGUAAUAAACGUUUGUGGUUACAGAGAAGGAUCAGCCUCUGAAAGGCAUGAAAGAAGAGGACUUCACAAACCAGUCACUCAUCAGAGCCUUGAGAAAGGACUUGGGACUGAUAUUUGAUGACUACUAUAUGGUGCUGACUGACUUUGAUAUGAAAGUGAAGGUUGGUUCGUCUUGUUUCCCUAUAAAGGUUACUGCGGUAUAAUAACAAUGUAUUAUUGUAUACUGCUACUUAGUAUUGUGCAUCCUGGAUGCACUUCUUAUUUUGAUGAAAGAGCAUUUAACUUUUCGCUCCUGUGUCUGAGUGAAAAUCCAUCAUAUCGGUUGAGUGCUUCAAUAACUCAAUUUUACUGCAGUGAAUUGAUACAGUAUCAUCCGUGACACGUUUUCUGUCUAAAGACGGGAUAUUGUUUUCUGUCCCCAUUCACAGCAAGAAUAUGAGGUGCCCAUCGCCAUGACGGCUGUGUUUGACUACAUAGACACGUUCUUCUCACGCAUCAAGGAGAUGGAACAGCAGAAGAAGCAAGGAGUGACGUGUAAGAAAGAAGACAAAUCCAAAUCCUUAGAGAACUUCCUCUCACGGUACUAGUGGGCUUUUGUUAUUAUCUAGGACUAUGCAAUUGCAAUAUAAGAGUGUGUGACUGCAGUUUCAAGUCAACACAACUGACAAAUACACUUGCCUAAAACUGACACUGACAUCCUGUGUGCUCCUGGUCGAACAUAUAUGCAAAUAAAUAAAGCUAUGCAUUCGUAACCUUUUUUGUUCCUCUCAAAUGCUCGUGGAAUUUUGUUUGUAUAUAUUUGAUGUCAUAGUUUUUUCUGUGUUUUAUAUUUUUCUAGGUUCCGCUGGAGACGCAGGCUGUUUGUGAUCUCCUCCUCUGACGACGAGGAAUGGGCCUAUCAGCAGCAGCUCUAUGCCCUGACCAGCCAGGCCUGCAAUCUGGGUGAGUAGUGAUGUCACACUGUUGUCUCAGGCCUGUACGGUACAUUAGACGUUUCGUGAUGAUUUCACCGGGGCCCUUAAGUGUUUGUUUUGGCUGCGUCACACCCAUUUCCGGAGAUGUUCAGAAUGUGUGGGCACAAUUUGGUCAACUAGGGUGGCAGGUAGCGUAGCGGUUAGAGCGCUGGGCCAGUAACUGAAAGGUUGUUGGUUCGAAUACCUAAGCCGACAAGGUGAAAAUAUGUUGACGUGCCUUUGAGCAAGGCACUUAACCUUAAUUUGCUCCAGGAGCUCUGUACUACAAUGGCUGACCCUAUAAAACAACACAUUUCACUGCACCUAUCUGGUGUAUGUGACAAUAAAACAUGACCAAAACAAUGUUUUUGCCUGUUACGUUCAAGAGCAGACACAUUUCCCUAAUACCUCACCAGCGCACUCCCUCAAGCUUAUAGAGAAAGUGCAGGGAGUGUUAUCUCUCAAAUACCACUCCUGAAACACACUGUCCUUAUCCCUUGUUGUUACUGUCUGUCACUGUUGGUCCAACGAGCCAUGCUGUACAGGCAUCAUUAUAUAUCUUUUAACAUCAUUAUCAUUAUAUAUAAAUUAACUUUUAACAGAAGAUAAUCUCAUGGAAUGUCCCCUUAUUUGUAGCUUGCAGAGUCUGUCACAAUUAGUUUUAACUGUUGCAAAAUAUGUAACAAACUGCAUUAGCUAUGCAAACAAACGAAAGGGAAUAUUUGGCGUUUAGCUAUAACAUGCCUGAAUUGUUUAGGUUAGAUAAUGGACACCACUUUAAAGCUUAGCUAGGAUAGAGGUCUCUUGUGACUCAACAGAAUGUUUGGUAUUUGGUUUUGAACUUGUUGUAGACAAUGUGGUCAACUACUCAUGUUGGUCUAGCACUGAUGAAAAACAGGGUUCUUAGUUUGGGAGGACAGGCUAUUAUUUAGCUGCAAACAGAGUCUUACUGUGGAUGACAUUAAGAGCACUGGGAUGAAAGAUCUGCAAAUUAGAAACAUUUGCAAUUCGAGAAAGGAAUCUGGCUAGCACAGUGAAACUAAUAAAACAAGACUGUUGAGCUUCAGUUGUAUGCAUGCAUUUUAGUGCUUCUACUGGGAAAUGCUUAAUGGACUCAGUUUGGCCACAUUGCAUAAAACCACUGCUUACACCUAUAUCCAUACCUUCAGAUCUACUAGAUGUCUUUGGGAAGGCGCUAGGGCUUGGUUUGAAAUUGGUUUGAUAUUGGGUGUAAGAGGUGCAGUGGUGUAAUGGGCAAGUGAAAUGACUUGUUUUCAACUGGCUCUACUCAGGCCUGCGCCACUUGUCUGUGCUGAAGCUGAUUGGAAAGGACAUGGAGGAUAUGGGCGGGACCCUUGAGCUAUAUCCAAUCAACGGUAAGAAACGGAGUAAUUGUUACCAUAUUGGUGGAAAAAUCCUUAGCUUAUAUGACUGAAGUUUUGGUUAUGUAACUGAAGUAUUCUUCUUCUUCUUUUUUUUUUUCUUCUUUUUUUUCUUCUUCUUCUAAACAUUAUGUUGUUCUUAAUGUAUGAAAUCAAUUAAAGUUAACCCCUCAACCCUGCCUGUGUCACAGGUACUGCCACUGUGGAACGUGAGGACGUCUCUCCCUCUCUGGUGAAGGACAUCAGGAACUACUUCCAGAUCAGCCCGGAGUACUUCUCUAUGCUCCUGGUGGGGAAAGACGGCAACGUCAAGUCCUGGUACCCGUCUCCCAUGUGGUCCAUGUCCAUCAUAUAUGAUCUGGUUGACUCCAUGCAGCUCCGUAGACAGGAAAUGGCUAUCCAGCAGUCCCUUGGCAUGCGCUGUCCUGAGGAUGAGUAUGGGGGCUAUGGUCAUGACAGAGACCCGGAUGGUUACCACCGUGGAUAUGGUUACUAAAGGAUUGAGAAUAUGAUGUUCCCCUCAGGAUGUGUUCCAUUUUCUAUUGAGGCCUGGUUGUGGCCUUGUCCCAUGAACUAUAUGAAGCUAUUGUAUGAAUGGCAUUUCAUGAAGGCUUUUUUUGCAUUUUGAUAACUGUGAAGUUGUUUUUAUAAGAAUUGACUUUCCUAUAAUAGAUUAUGAAAAUGCAGCAUACUUUUUCUUCCAUUAUAUUUUUGUCUAUUGAAUAUAUGAGUUGUUUCACAGGGAGAAUGGAGAUUUCAGAUUAAAAACAUUUGGCAAUUGCCUUUUAUGUUUUGCAUAUAUUUUUUAUCUUGUAUGGAGAUAUACAG